AUGGCAUCCGCAUCACCACUCUCACCGACCUUCUUUGGUCAUAUUGCUUCUACUCAGGAUGCUCUUCUUCUUUUCGAGGCUUGUCUCAGCGGUGCACUGAAUCAUGUUGCGCGCCGUCCCCAUGAUCGCGAGAGAGUCAGCCUGAUCAAGAGUGGAAAUGUCUUCAUCUACGAGGAGCAUUCAUCCGGCAUUAAAAGGUGGACUGAUGGCGUACCGUGGAGUCCCAGUCGGAUCUUGGGCAACUUCCUUGUGUACCGUGAACUGGAACGACCUUUCCCACCUGGAGAGAAGAAGAGGGCAAUGAAGCGCAGCAAAAGAUCCCCAGGCAUCAGCAAGCCGGAACCUUUUGGUGGAAGUGGCAUGAGCAAUGGCUACAAUCCCGCUUCAGCAGCAACGUCAACCUUUGAUCCCCAAAACCCCAACUCUCUCAGCAAAGAAACAGAGCGUUCCUUGAUUGGAUCCUUGGUAGAUUCUUAUGGAUUCAAGGAAGAAGGUCUGGUAAAGAAGACUGUCAGCGUUACCGUUGGGGGUGUCUCUCACCAUCUUGUCUCGUAUUACACCGUCGCAGAUGUUAUGAACAACAAAUUUACGACACCUUCAAAAGAUCCCAGGUUCCAGCAUAUCACGCCCAGACCUGAUCUCAUCACGAAGCAGAAUUUCCGAACACCAAUCGACGAGGUCGACUCCAUGGACCGAAUUGACGACCGAUCAGUUUACGCCAGCUACCCGUAUGCCCGCAACGGCUACGAAAUGACCAACCAGACAAUAUCACAUCGACCAAUGUCACUCCCUACACCCCCCAUCACCUACGGGUCAAACUCGAGCAUGUACAAUGGGUAUGGGCAAUAUGAUGGCCUCGGGCAAGGUCAACCUCAUGGAGGAUACCCAGGGCAAUUUGGACACUCUCCAGGCCUCUACCCUGCGGUCAAGUCUGAGAGCUAUGACGCUGGCGCGUAUAGAACACAACGAUACAAUUCCGUCAUUGGCAUUGGUUCUGAUCCAUCCAGGGCUCAAGUGCCACCAGUUACUACCAAUUUUGCACGUCGCUCCUCCAAUUACGAUCAGGGUGGCUCUGUUGACUCCGGGCUCUCCGGCAUGUCUUCCUCCUCAUCCGAUUCAAAGCUCACAAAUGAUUCCGGAUACUCCUCGCAAGGAUUCUACGGUGGCGGCAUGAGAGACUCGAACCCUUCGCACAGCUACUCAGCUAGGUCCCUGCCAACACCAACUCACCAAACAACUUUUGAGCGAGUACCUUCUCAAUCAUACAGUGGACCAGAGACUCCGAAGAGUGAGAACAUGUGGUUGGGCCAUCCGGGACUUGGUGGCAAUUCGAGCGUUGGUCACGGUCAUUACAUAGCGCCUCAGCAACAGUGGGCCAGCACCGGUACAUCCUAG